AUGGCUCACCGCAUUGUUACUCAAGUCGUCGUCACCGGAGCCCGGGUCUUCGGCCGUGCCUUCGCCGAGGCCUACAAGCAAGCCCAAGCAUCCGGCAAACACGCUGGCGCUAAGAAGGCCGCCGGUGGUUUCGCUGGCUCCAGCAUCAACAUCGACGAGGCCUGCAAGAUCCUCAACGUCAAGCCCCCCGCCGCCGGCGAAACCAGUGUCGAACAUGUUAUGGAACGAUUCAAGAAGCUCUUCGACCUGAACGACCCUCAGAAGGGUGGUAGCUUCUACCUGCAGAGCAAAAUUCUGCGCGCACGCGAACGGAUAGAGAUGGAGUUGCGGGAGGUUGAACGCAAGGCAGCCAGUGAGAAGGAAUUGCAGGACGGUUGGAAGCCUAAGGUCUACAAGGAUCGGUGA